CUCACAUAUAGCGUCGCAGAGGAAAUUAUGCGCGUACAUUAAAAGAAACAUAGCUCAAUGGCCACGAAUUUAUCACAGGGGACUUACACGCCCCUCCACAAUGAUCCAAAUGAUGAUCGUGCUGAAUCCUCGAGUACCGUCCGGCACUGUGAAGCAGGAGUGGUUUGGAGGGAUGUUAUUGCCUUCUGGAUAUUUGGACUGUGCAACAACUAUCCUUAUGUGAUUAUGUUGUCAGCCGCCACAUACAUCUUAGAGAAAGAGGAAGGCACCAGCACCGGAGUUAUUCUGUUGGCCGAUAUUCUUCCGACACUCACCAUCAAGCUCAGUGCGCCUUUCUUCAUGCAUUUGCUGCCGUAUUCCCUGAAAGUUGGCGUCGUCAUUGCCACGUGCUACAUGUCCUUCAUUCUAGUGGCCUAUUCGUCGCCUCUGCUGCUGAGUGUGCUGGGAGUGUGCUUGGCCUCUUUCUCCUCGGGCUUUGGUGAAAUCACGUACCUCUCUCUCACACAUCACUAUGACAAGUCGACAGUAUCGGCGUGGUCGUCAGGUACGGGAAUGGCCGGUGCGGCCGGAUCUCUUUCUUACUUGGCGCUGACAUUGGUGAUGCAGCCCAGAGAAGCGCUGCUUGUCAUGGUGAUCGUGCCUCUGAUUAUGACGAUAACAUACCUCUAUAUGCUGAGACCACUGGAACAUGGCGAUCCAAAGGCGGCCCCCACUUUAUACGAGUCGCAAACGCGACACGCACAUAGUAGGCGCGGCGAAGUGAACGAUCAGAGUGACCAACAUACCCUCAUUGAGAACGACAGCACAGAUGUGCAAGGGGCUAGAGAAGCACCCGCAAUGACAAUGAACGAUCGCAUUCGUCUGAUAAAGCCGCUUCUGAGAUGGAUGAUCCCCUUAUUCUUGGUCUACUAUGCCGAGUAUCUCAUCAACCAGGGACUACUGGAGCACGUGUGGUGGAACGGCAUGUCCUUAACAAAACAACAUCAGUACGUACUCUUUCAGGCAAUGUAUCAAAUGGGUGUAUUUAUUUCUCGAUCGUCCGUGCCCUGGAUUACAAUUGAGCGAACCUGGAUUCUGGCUGUGUUGCAGAUCGUCAACUUCGGGCUGCUGCUGUUAGAUAAUAUAUACCAUUUUGUACCCCACAUCAGCUUGUACUGCCUCUGGAUCUUCUAUGAAGGGCUCCUGGGCGGGUCUGCAUACGUGAACUCGUUUUACAGCAUUACCAACACCAUAGACCCGCUGUACCGCGAGUUUGCACUGGGCAUCACUAGUGUUGCCGACACCUUUGGUAUCACGUGCGCGGCGUUGUCGUCUAUUGCACUGAAUCACUGGUUAGGUCCACUGGCUGCGCCAAGGAGGCGGUAGCAUAGCCAGUACACAGUGGGUGCUCUGUUAAUUAGUGUGUGUGUUUACUCUCAUGUGUAGCAGCAGUACAUCACAUCUCAUGCGUUGAUAUUCAAGUUGACCCAUUCUAUUUAUUUGCGUGCACACACGGUCGGAAACUCGUGGACUAGGGCCAGACUGUUGUGAAGUUCAAGUGGCGAAUCCUUCGAAGCUGCGGCGCUUUCGAUGAGCACAGAGCACAUACACAAUCGCAAUCAUCUUAGCGCGUAUUAACAAAGAAAACACUCCCCACACACUCCUGUGCACACACAUACAUAUAUGAUUUGGCAUGCAUGUCAUGUCCAAGGUGUAUAGUCAGACACGCCCCAUCAAAGACGCAGCUGCAUGUGGUUGUAGGAUCACAUGCGUCGCGAUAGUAGGAACAUUAAGCUCAAUCGGACACCCGUGAUUGUGCCUUCCUGAUCAAUGUGUAAACCCCCGAAACAUGAAUGGGUCACCUGCGCGAGGACAACUCAGCAAAUAUAGACUAGGAAGCGUCGAAUAUUCCGGAAUGUGAGUCUACGUGUAUGAGCAUAUCACUUAAGUAGCCGUGUGGUGUGCAUGCUAUACCUUUAAAUGGUUUCCCAACGGAUGAGAGAUGCAUGCAAGAUACCAGUUCAUGUAUGUACUCACUGGUGCGCGCAUCUCCCCAUAGUACAAAGUACUCAGUCUACUUCACAAGUCGACAGUUAGGUCACACGAAGAUCGAGCCUGGCACUGGACUUUAACCCCACGCGCGUUGUACGUACAGAUGAGAGUUUUGCAGGUGUGUUCUUGGGGUGUAGGGCACGUAGUAACACUUAGCUGGUUCAUGACAUACUGUGGCAUCCGUAUCAGCCCACCGCAAUCGUACCAUCGGUGCUACCAUGAUGGCAAGGGGAAUACUAUUUGUAUAUAGUAUUUGGCGACCGUGGGUAACAUCUGGACUAAUUUGAGCUUAACUCAGAUUUGCUCUACAGCUAAUAAAACCCUCGCAAAUAAAACGA